CUGGGACAGAUGUCGGAUGAUUAUUUCAAUGGAGGGUCAAGGUGCAGAAUCAUAUCCAUCAUGUUAUAGAAUUUUGAGGAAGUAAAAGGUAUGAUCACUUUAAGAGGAUUCGUCAGAUCCUGCUGAGAUAACCUUAAGUGUGACCGGGCUGCACUCACUAGCCAAAGGAAAAGGAUAAUGAUUUCUCGCUGCAAUUAGCUCAGGAAGAUUCCCAGCGGAUAGCUCGCAUCGCAAGGGCUCCUUGUUAUUACCUUCGCGACGUUCCCAGCCUUGCCAUCAUCCUUUGGACAGGAACACGAACAUCGACAUUAACUACCUUUGGACUACAUCCGUCGCCCUUGUUAAUACUCUUGGAAGAGCAACAUCCUCAGGGAUAAUUAUUCUGGUGCUCUUUGAUAGUCCUACGAGGAUUAACUAACGUGGCAGCUGUUGCCGCCGUUGCUGUUGCUGCCUCCUUCGUUCGUUCCCCUUCAUAUUUCUGACUUCCUAUAGGAAGUGAAUGGAAGGGAAGUUUCAAAGCGGAAAUCGUCGUACCGUAACUCCAACCAUACAUAUACGAUAUUGUGAACUAUAUGGGAAUGUUGGAAGUAAACGAAAAAUGAUAUCAAUAGACGGCUCUGUAUUAAUGAUACUACACAUAGGGAAUGUUAAAAGGAACAAGUAUUAUUCGUUUAAGUGAGAAAAAUCAGCACUGUUCGAAUUUCUAUUUCCUGCGUGGAAGUACUAGCUCUAUAAUUUCAUAAGGCGAUAGGUAGCGACUGCAUCUGUAGAAGCGCUCUUUGGCUUCCUGGCAAUUCCCAUUAUGUCGAUGGAAAAUACCAGGACGUCACUGGCUUCGCUAUCGAGAGUCGAGUAAUGGAAAGUGUGAAAUAAAGGGAAAGACAGAGAGAGAAGGAAGAACGACGGUCGCCAUAAAGCCACAGCAAUUACCAUUUCCGUUUUUAUUCGACACACAGGAUAUUCCUAUUCAUAUGCCAAUGUUAUUUCAGUUCACAUAUACACACGUUCAAAUCGAUUUUCGCGUUACUCCCGUUUUCUAUUGUCAGUCCGUUCCUUUCGAUUCAAUCAAAAAAAAGUUCGAGUAUGACCAGUUUUUAUGAGAUUCAUUAUAUUUUAUGGACACUUUGAUAUUCCAUAAAGAAUAUACCGGUACCGCAAUACACCUGUUCUCCGAUCCAGUUUAACGAAAUAAAAGCAAGGUUUUUCUUUCCUUUCUCGCGAUGGACACUCGAGGAAAUUCCAUGGUGUGGUUCAUGGCGCGUGACCACCGUUUAAAAGACUCUCGCGGUUAUGGCGAGGACGAAAUAAAUGUAAAAAUAAAAAGUCAAGACACUAAGAGCCGUUUCCACGUAUCAUGGUUACGACCCAGUCGCUCGAGCAUCACAAUUUUAUAAUACAUAAACGUCCCAUUUAAAUGGAAUGUCUUCUGGAUCCUUUUAUGCGUAUCUAUAGCCCUUUACGUAAUUUAGAUUAUAUAAAUCGGUAUCUACAUAUGUUCAUGUAGUAAUUUGCGAAAGACAUAGGCAGAGAGACCAAAAAGCAGAAAAAAUAGUUAUGUAUGUAAACGGUAGGCAGUUUUCCCCGGGCGAAAGUCAGCUCUCUAGGGUGUAAGGUGAACUUGCAAGUUAACACGGCGAACUAAAGGGCCUAAGGGUCGAAUUAACCCGGUCGAAUGUAUAAUUUGCCCUCGUUUGCGGUUACUCAAGUGACCGGCCAAUUAUUUAUUAGCAGGCAGCAGAUGGCAGUUUAUAUACAAGUACAUGCAAUGCAUACCGACCAGCGCGUUACCACUGUAUACACUUGGCUAGCUAAGAGAUAGGUAUUUCUUUUAAUUCCUGACCCCAUGGUCAAAGGUCUCCCCUAAGUGAAGGGUUGGCAGCCAUAAGACUACCAGAGGCUUCAUGUUACGUCUCCAAUUAUAUCAAUUAGAAAUAUACUGAGUGCUCGUUUUACAUUUAAAAAAGUUUCGAAUAUGUUUGUUAAAUAAGGUGAUUUUAAUUUACGUAGUAAUAUUCGAUCAGUAUGUAUAAUAGGAAGGCUAUUCCUGUGGGCAGGCAGCCCUAAGGCAGAUGUGGAACCGGUGUCAGGCCCGGUGUUUCUACCCUACGUUAAUUUCUCUCUUAUAACAAAUACGAGACUGUAGCGUCUCUCCCAUCUUUACUCUACCACUAUGAUCGUCGAGGGUAACACGAGAAAUGGGAACAGAAAGCCGGCUGUUACGAUUCACCUGACAGCGGUGACCGGCAGCGCGUGCCGGCGUCCUGGCAGCUGCAGCCGGCCUGCCUUUGCCAUUUUAAUUAAUCCAGGGUUACAAUGAAUUUUUGAACAUUGUUCAGAUUUUAAAUAGGGGUUUUUUGAUUGUGCAUCAAUAAUAAUUUCAUACAACUGCGUUAUAAUCAUACUAAGUUAAUAUACCGAAUAAUGUAAGGAUUGCAGAGCAGAUGGAUAUCGCGUACGGCAUUAUCAUUCCCGGUAUAAAAUAUUCCUUCUGAGGGUGAACUUCGGAUGUUAUAUUGUACAUCUUUGUUUUUCCCUUUGAUAUAAUGAUUUAGUUCGCUUGAAUCGUAUGGCAGGGAACGAGUGCAAGGUGUUCCUUGCGUCAGCUGGCCCUCGCCUUCCCAGGCACCUGUUACUUUAGAGAAUUCUCUUAAGCGCAUUUUACAAUCCUACAAAGGACUUCUAUGGCAAGUGGCAGGCCUCACAUAAGACAUCAUCGUGGCGGUACUCACUGCAGCAGAUGUGGUCCAGGAUGGGGAGUCAGUAACCGCUGUACCAAGGGAAAGGAUACGGAGUGUGGAAAAUGUCUCCGUGGUACUUACAGUCCUCAUCACAGUACUCAGCCGUGUUGGAUCUGUUCACGUUGCGGACCUGGACUCUACGAGGCUCAUCCUUGUACUUCAAAGAUGGACACAGUCUGCGACUCUUGCCAUAGGCAGGCCCAAGACAAUCCUGAUUACCGUCGUAAAUGUCGCGGACAUAGCUUCUUCCUGGCGCCGGAAGAUGCACGCAACACCGGCGAAGAGAGUGUCCUAGUGAAUGAACCUGAAGAACAGUUUCGGAUGGACGGCCGGGAUCUCAUCCUUAGGGAGGACGUCGAAGCGGCAUUGGAAGACGUUGAUGACGUCGAUGAAGAAUUGGCUGGCAUGCAAAGACUUUAAAGACAUCAUCGUGAUCCUCAGGCUGAAAGUAAUCGACUGUAUAUAGAGGAACGACGGAAGAUGGAGGGAAAGAGAUAAUUAAGCGGAUAGUGAGGGUAGGACAAAAAAUUAAUUAAUUUCAAACUGGUGUGAGAAGCUGUAGGAUAAACGUUAAACUAGUCAAUCUUCGAGAAAGAUACUGAAUGAAACUCCCAGUAUAAUUAUUCAUUCUGUGUAACGUGUGUCCUCAACGUUUUUCAACCUGGAAAUGCAUGCGCAGAUACAAUCCUUUUUUUUUUCAAACAGCAGUGUAUAUGUAUUUUAUUUCAAUAUCGAUUACAGGUGAGAUUCGGUAAUCUUAUAUAAUUACAAGCCUAGCCGUCCUCUUGAUUAAUUAUCCCUCUCUUUGUUCACUUGUUUUUUCUCCUUUCAUAAUUCGGAAUGCGGAUCAUACAAGACUAAGCUAUACAGUACCAUGACCAUCAUCCUUCUGCUGAUGUGCAGAAUAAAACAACUUGAUACAUACUAUUAAAUUGUUUUCCGGUCACAAUAUACAUACAGAAGCAAACAUAGAAGGAUAGAAAGAAAGAGAGAGAGAGAGAGAGAGAGAGAGAAUUUCCCUGAUCAUAAAUUUC